CCCAAUCCAAAUCUGACUUGUUAUAUGAAGGAUUCUCAACUACAUUGAGCAGAACAUAAGCAAUCCUCCAGAAGGAAGAUUUUGUGUUUGGAGAGGCAAUGAAGAUGAAGAUGUUGUUUUGCAGUCUGCUGUUUGUGUUGGGAGGAGAUGUUCUCCUGGCCUGCUCUCUGAAGAACUACACUCUGUACGUGGAGAGACACGAGUGCGGUCACUGCAUGGCCGUCAACACCACCAUGUGCAGCGGAAUGUGCUUCACACAGGACACAAACCUCAGAGGAUUUGUGGGCAAGCGUUUCCUGAUUCAGAGAGGAUGCAUGCAUCGUUCUGUGGUCUAUCAUUCUGCUAAGAUGCCCGGCUGUCCUGUCCACAUUGACCCGCUCUUCUUUUAUCCGGUGGCACGCCGGUGCCGCUGCACAAAAUGCAACACUUCCAGGAACGAGUGUGUUUACAAGCCCAAACACACUCCCAGCAAAUGCUCCGAGCACCUGCGUGCCGUCUGACAUCAGUCGACAAGGGGCUUUCCUCACAAUAAAACUCAGUUCUGAUAACCUUCUAUUAGAAAGUGUUUCUCAUUUCAGCUAUAGAGAGAGUAUACAAUAUGACUGGUUUUGUAACAUUGCUGUAUAUAUAAUAUACACACACACAUACAAAAUUCAGCUAUAAUGUCUUGAUGAAUAUUGUAGGUGAGAGACAGUCUUUUUUAUUGUGGUUCUCCUGUCUGUAUCUUUUUCACUAUA